UCAAGUCUUAUUGAGAUCCUUAAAUUGGAACUCCUCCACUAUGGGGUUCAGGAUUUGAAACUGAGCUCCAUUAACAACUCCCAUGCCAUUGACUUGGGUUCCUAAUUAAAUUACCUCUUCUUUAACAUAUAGAGCUAACCUUGUAUAUAUCUAUAUAUAUAUAUAUGCUCACUGGUUAUCCUGAAAGGGCAGCCUAAGCUUUGGAGGCAAACCCCUUUUCAGGAAGCAAAUAAUGUCUCUGAUUCACUAGUUUGAGCUCAACUUCAAGAAACCGCUUCACGGUUUGAGCUUCAAGGCUUGGAAACAAAGAGUUAAGGAAGAGAAAUAUGGAUGAGAAAAAUGAUAUUGACAAGAUUGAUGAUGUUAUGCUGCCUGGUUUUCGCUUCCAUCCAACGGAUGAAGAGCUUGUUGGAUUUUAUCUCAAGAGGAAGAUUCAGCAAAGGUCUCUACCUAUUGAACUUAUCAAGCAAGUUGACAUAUAUAAAUAUGAUCCCUGGGAUCUUCCAAAGCUGGCGAGUACCGGGGAGAAAGAGUGGUAUUUCUACUGUCGAAGGGACAGAAAAUACAGAAACAGCGCGAGGCCUAACCGGGUUACAGGAGCUGGAUUUUGGAAGGCCACUGGAACUGAUAGGCCUAUUUACUCCUCUGAUGGCAACAAAUGUAUUGGGUUGAAGAAGUCUUUGGUGUUUUAUAGAGGUAGAGCUGCUAAAGGGAUCAAAACUGACUGGAUGAUGCACGAGUUUCGCCUUCCUUCGCUGGCAGAUUCAGCGCCACCAAGGAAGCCCUUGGACAAGAACAUUCCUGCAAAUGAUGCCUGGGCAAUUUGUAGGAUAUUCAAGAAAGCAAAUACUAUGGCACAAAGAGCUCUGUCUCACACUUGGAUCUCAACGUUACCAGAAACUACAGCAUCAGAUAUACUAAACCAAGGAGCAAACUGCACUCAUUUCAGUCCAGAGAAUGUUUCCUGCAUGACCGAAAUUGCCUCUUCUGCGAGUUUCUCUGAGUUCAAUAUUCCCUCGUAUAAACCCCUAAACCCAUCCUUCUAUAAACCAUCUCUAUUUCCAGCUUCCAGUGCAGACAUUCCCAACAGCUUCAUGUUUUCACUACCAGAAAUCUCAGGGCCUACCAAGUGUACAGUUGAUGCUUCUUCCAUGCUACUGAACCCUGCUGCAUUACUCAGUGAUGUUAGUGAAGGGUCUGAGAAUAUUAACUUUGAAGGACCACAGCAGCAAGUGAAAGCAUUUUCAAUUAGUAUGCCCCAAGAGAUGCAAGGUAAUAUGAUUCCUGCAGAAGAUGAGUCAGGCUCAAGAAGGAACAUGAAUGUAACACAAGACAAUAGCCAGUGGGGAAAUAUCAGAUCAAUUGGAUUUCCCUUCAGUUUGCCUUCGAAUUUGCCAGAGGCCUGGAAGCCAAAUUUGCCAUGGGAUUCACCACCCUGUCCCAGUGAGAUGUCAACUACAUAUUCCACAAACAAUUGCUACACUUAAAUGUACUUGAUUAGCAUACAGAAGAAGUGCUUGCCUACCAGUUCUAGCAUCAAUGAGUAAACUGGAAGUAUCAGAAACAUGUCUUAUUUGCAAUGCAAUGCUCUUGUACAGUUUACAUGUAUUCCAUUUAUACAUGCUAAGAGUACUUCUACAUGUUUUGUAAUUCAGAAG